AUGGGUAGAGGUGGCGGGCUAAAUUUUUGUGCUGUCUCGAUAGGAGGUGGUGCUGGAUCUGGAGGAGAAAAUAAUGAUUAUCAAUGCGAACGAAGUGAUGGAGGUAAUGACAAUUGUGAUGAUGGUGGGGAUAGUUUAGCAAGGAAUGGUUUUAGGCGUGGCUCAAAAGGGGUGGAAAGCAGAGGUAGAGGAGGAGGAGGUGGCGGCAGCAGAGGUGGAUAUGGUGGAGGUUUUGGCUACGAAGGUGGGAGGGACAAUGGAGGAAAAGGUGGCGGCGGCGGAAGUGGUGGAGGGGGCUUUGGUUGGGAGGUGAUCAUGGGCGUCAAUAGAACAAGUUUCUGCUGGGGAGUAUAA